AUGUUGCGUAAAUUACUCUCUUCCACAGCUACUCUGUCUAGUCUAGUGUUGGCAGUACCUGCUACGAAUAACACAGGUCGUAACGACGGGAUUCACUUGGCUAUCGGUCCUACAUGCGGUAAACUGACUUCAACCGGAGACACAUCGGACCUCAAUGCGGGUCUCUGGGAUUUAAAGCGAUAUAAAACAAUCGUCUCAUUCGGAGAUAGCUUUACUGCCGGAGGUGUGAGAGAUGGCUCACCUCUAGCUCCGGCAGUGAUCACUCCUCCUUCUCCAAAAGCCGGUGGCAGGACAACCAAUGGGCCAGUGUGGAUUGAAUACAUUGCAAAUGAUACAUCCGCACGGUUUAUGGAUUACGCAGUUGGUGGUGCGGUUACGAACAAAACACUAUGGCCAAGUAAGUCAACUGCGAGUGACUUUAUCGAACAAGUUGGAAUCUUUCUCAAUCAGAGCAACAAAUUGGACCCUCUUACGACAUUAUAUACGGUUUACUUUGGCAUCAAUGACGUUUCAGCCUCACACACGGACGGGGCGGAAAAUCUCCCUGCAGCUGCCCAAGCUGUACUUGAUCAAAUCAAGCGUCUGUCCGCACCUCCAACUAACGCCCGUUCUUUUCUAGUCACCGACUCUUAUGGGAGAGGAAAACGGGAACCUGCCGGAGAGGCCUAUAAGAAGAAUAUAUUCAAUGGUCUUGCUAAACUUCACCAUGGUUUGCCGUUCUUGCAAAUAGGAUAUGCCGAUUUCGGCUAUAUUUGGGACGCCGUGCUGAACACCUCACCCGGCUAUGCGGCGUUUGGGUAUAACAGUCCAGGCGCAUGUGCACUGAACAGCAGCACUAUCAUCGGAGCUUGCGACGAUCCGGACCAUACUUUUUAUUGGAUUCCAGGGCAUCCUUCAAAACAAACCCAUCGCAUCAUGGGUGACUACGUCGAAUUGGCGAUGAAAAGGUGCCGAACUUUGUAG